AUGGCCUCAUCAUCAUCGAGAAUGCUCAACAUCGAUGAGCUCAACAAGCAUGCUCUCGAGCAGUUUGUCUACCAGCCUGUCAGCCGCGAGAUGAUCACCUACCUUGCCGAAGCCGCCCACAACGUCAUCAGCUGCGACUCAUCACUCAUGCCCACGCAACCAGACGCCGCUUCUCAGAAUCUGCCUCCCACGCCUCCCAAGAGCCCCGAGUCGGAUCCCAUCAAGCCCGCCGACGGCAGCCUGCCUACCGUCGAGGAGUUCAUCACCCAGCUCGUCGUCUCCUCCAACGUCCAGGUCCCGACGCUCAUGUCCACUCUCGUCUACCUCACCCGCCUCAAGUCCAAGCUCCAGCCCAUGGCUCGUGGCCUCCGAUGCACCACCCACCGCAUCUUCUUGGCUGCUCUCAUCCUCGCCGCCAAGUAUCUCAACGACUCCUCUCCCAAGAACAAGCACUGGGCCAACUACACUCACAUCACCACCGACAUGUACGCCUUUGGCUUCAACCGCACCGAGGUCAACCUGAUGGAGAAGCAACUGCUUUUCCUUCUCGAGUGGGAUCUUCGAAUCGUCGAGGAGGACCUUUACCGCGAGCUCGACUUUUUCCUUGAGCCCAUCCGCCACAAGGUCGCCCACGCCCACGCCAAGCGCAUGCGCCACCGCGAAGAGAAGCGUCGCCAGCAGGAGCUUUAUGCCGCUGCUGCCGCCUCUGCCUCGAUUCGCUACCCGAGCCCUCCCUCAUCUCGUGGCCAGUCUCGAUCUCGACACGCUAGCCCUGACAGCCGCCUGGCCGCUGCCCGCGCAGGCUCCAUCACUCCUCCUGGCCUCACCUACAGCAGCUCCGCCAGCUCAUACGCCUCGUCGGUCGCUUCAGCCUCGAGCAGACAACACUCGUGCUCCACCACACCCCUGGAGUCCGAGCAGGAUCCUUUCGUGUAUCAGGCACCUCUCCACGACAGCCUCUACGAUUCACCAGUUGAGCUGUCGAUGGAGAAGGACGCCAUCACCGCCUCGACCCGCACGCUCAAGCCUACUGCCAGCAGGCUGCAUCUGCACGAAAUUGCCAAUGACCACUAUCAGCAGAUUCAGGACGGUGUUGGCAAGAAGCGUCUUCGCCGCGGCAUGUGGAGCCGUUUGCUCGGCGGUGCUGUGACCGUGCGAUGA